AUGCCACCAAUCCGCGUUGCUCUCGCUGGUCUAUCGUCAUCUGCAAAGGUUACCUGGGCCGCAGACGCUCAUCUCCCAUAUCUCCUCUCUCACCGUGGCAAGCAGCACUACCAGCUUGUCGCUCUCCUCAACUCCUCUACUCAAGCCGCAGAAGCAGCAAAGAAGACAUUCGCACUUCCCGAAGACGUAAAAGCAUAUGGCGACCCAAGCACCCUCGCAGAAGACCCAGAUAUCGACCUCGUCGUCGUCUGCACCCGCGUCGAUGUACAUUUCUCUGUCGCCGAAUCGAGCCUCAAAGCAGGGAAAGCAGUGUACAUUGAAUGGCCAGUGACGCAAGACCUUGCCAGCACAGUAAACCUUGCAGAACUUGUGCAUGAACCGCGAAAUAGUAUCAUCGGCCUCCAAGGACGGGUCGCCCCAAUCACCCUUCGACUCAAAGACAUUCUAGCCGCAAAUACCAUAGGGAAGGUACUCAGCAGCCAAGUCCGCGCCUUUGGUAACUUGCUGCAGCGGGACGCUCUCCCUGAGUCUCUGGAGUAUUUUGCGGAUAGAAAGGUGGGAGGACAUCCCAUCAACAUCCAUUAUGGCCACAUGAUCGACUACGUGCAUGAGGUACUCGGCGGAUGGGAAGAAUCUCAUACGAAAAUGCAAAUCCAGCGACCGAAUCUGAAGCUCCUGGGAGCUGACGGGAGUGUCAACAGGGCCGUAAAGACUGAUGUACCCGAUCUGAUAUCUGUACACGGUACCCUCAAUACUGAGAAAGGAGUCACAGUACCCGGAGCCACACUUGCAGCUUCUUUCCGCCUUGGCCAGUCGUUUAAAGGCGAACCUGGGUUCGUGUGGUACAUCGCUGGCGAGACGGGAGAGUUGCGUGUUACUGCACCAGGUCCUUAUCUUAUGUCUGGUGACUCUUAUGAUGGCCCUAUUUCGAUUCAGCACCAUGAUUACGCGACUGAUGAAGUGCGCGAUUUGGGCUGGGACUGGCCGGAGUGGCAGAAAGAGUUGGGUCUUCGCGCGAGGAGCGUGGCGGAGGUGUAUGAAAGGUACGCGCAAUGGGUUGAAGGUGGGAUGGGGAGUGUGGUCGAAGGGAGAGAGUGGCCGAGCGUGGCGGAUGGAGUGGCUUUAAUGAAGGAGUUUGAUGAGAUUUAUAAAGAGUUUGAUAGGGUGUGA